AUGUCUGGCCCCACAGUAAAUGUCCAAGAAAAUGUAAAUGGCCAUGAUCCAAAGGAACCAGAGCAGUUGAGAAAACUGUUUAUUGGUGGUUUGAGCUUUGAAACUACAGAUGAUAGUUUAAGAGAACAUUUUGAAAAAUGGGGUACACUUACAGAUUGUGUGGUGAUGAGAGACCCCCAAACAAAACGUUCCAGGGGUUUUGGUUUUGUGACUUACUCUUGUGUUGAAGAGGUGGAUGCAGCAAUGUGUGCCCGACCACACAAGGUUGAUGGGCGUGUAGUGGAACCAAAGAGAGCUGUUUCUAGAGAGGAUUCUGUAAAGCCUGGUGCCCAUCUAACAGUGAAGAAAAUUUUUGUUGGUGGUAUUAAAGAAGAUACAGAAGAGUAUAAUUUGAGAGACUACUUUGAAAAGUAUGGCAAGAUUGAAACCAUAGAAGUUAUGGAAGACAGGCAGAGUGGAAAAAAGAGAGGAUUUGCUUUUGUAACUUUUGAUGAUCAUGAUACAGUUGAUAAAAUUGUUGUUCAGAAAUACCACACUAUUAAUGGGCAUAAUUGUGAAGUGAAAAAGGCCCUUUCUAAACAAGAAAUGCCGUCUGCUGGAUCACAAAGAGGUCGUGGAGGUGGAUCUGGCAACUUCAUGGGUCGUGGAGGAAACUCUGGAGGUGGUGGUAACUUUGGCCGUGGUGGAAACUUUGGUGGAAGAGGAGGCUAUGGUGGUGGUGGUGGUGGCAGCAGAGGUAGUUACGGAGGAGGUGAUGGUGGAUGUAAUGGAUUUGGAGGUGAUGGUGGCAACUAUGGUGGUGGUCCUGGUUACAGUAGUAGAGGAGGCUAUGGUGGUGGACCAGGAUAUGGAAACCAAGGAGGUGGAUAUGGAGGUGGUGGUGGAGGAUACGAUGGUUACAAUGAAGGAGGAAAUUUUGGAGGUAACUAUGGUGGUGGUGGGAACUAUAAUGAUUUUGGAAAUUAUAGUGGACAACAGCAAUCAAAUUAUGGACCCAUGAAGCGGGGCAGUUUUGGUGGAAGAAGCUCGGGCAGUCCCUGUGGUGGUGGUUAUGGCUCUGGUGGUGGAAGUGGUGGAUAUGGUAGCAGAAGGUUCUAAAAAUUUUUCAGAAGAAAAGGGCUACAGUUCUUAGCAGGAGAGAGAGCGAGGAUUUGUCAGGAAAGCUGCAGGUUACUUUGAGACAGUCGUCCCAAAUGCAUUAGAGGAACUGUAAAAAUCUGCCACAGACGGAACGAUGAUCCAUAGUCAGAAAAGUUACUGCAGCUUAAACAGGAAACCCUUCUUGUUCAGGACUGUCAUAGCCACAGUUUGCAAAAAGUGCAGCUAUUGAUUAAUGCAAUGUAGUGUCAAUUAGAUGUACAUUCCUGAGGUCUUUUAUCUGUUGUAGCUUUGUCUUUUUCUUUUCAUUACAUCAGGUAUAUUGCCCUGUAAAUUGUGGUAGUGGUACCAGGAAUAAAAAAUUAAGGAAUUUUUAACUUUUCAAUAUUUGUGUAGUUCAGUUUUUCUACAUUUUAGUACAGAAACUUUAACAAAAUGCAGUUUUGAAGGUGUUUCCUUGUGAGUUAACAAGUAAAGAAGAUCAUUGUUAAUUACUAUUUUGUAUGAAUUUUGCUAAAGUUAACUGUAAAGAAACACCUGCUGACUUGCAGUUUAAGGGGAAUCUAUUC